UGUUGUUGGUGGGAUCAGUUUCACUCGGUCACCAGCACGCGUUGUUGGCAGGUAAAAAAGAUGGGCAAACUUCAGGAAUUUCUAAUCACUCUAAACGACAACAAAGUGGUUUAUAGUCCCGGGGAAUCUAUUUCUGGAACUGUAAAAAUCUCCACCGCUCAAUCUAUACAGUGUAAAGCAAUCAAGGUGAACUGUUAUGGUUUUUGUGGGGUGACUAGCAAAGUGAACGAUACAGAGUGGACACAGGAGGAGCAAUACUUCAACAGCUCUAUAACAGUGACAGAUAAAGGCACUUUAAAACAAGGUGAACAUACGUUUCCCUUCAAGUUUCUCAUACCAGCCAAAGCUCCAACAUCAUUCGAAGGGCCCUAUGGAAAGAUUAUAUACCAGAUCAGAGCGUUUAUUGACACCCCUCGCUUCUCAAAAGACUACAAGGCAGAGAAGCUUUUCUACAUGCUCAACCAGCUUAACCUUAAUGUAUUGCCUGACAUAUAUGAGCCAAACACAUCGUCUGUAACUAAAAAUUUUACAUAUAUGCUGGUGAAGAACGGGACAGUUGAGUUGACGACUAAAACAGAUCAGCGUGGGUACACUGCAGGCCAGGUCAUCAAAGUGUCCGCAGUGAUAGAUAACAAAUCCGGAAAAUCUACAGGAACCAUAGUGGCAAGUCUUAUUCAGAGAGUGACGUAUCAUCCUAAGAAGCAGACGAAUGCAACCAGAGUAAUAGCAGAGGUGGAGGGAGCUGGAGUAAAGGCAGGGAAGCAGGGGGAGUGGAAGGAGCAGAUCAUCGUUCCUCCUCUGCCACAGUCUGUUCUGGAUGGCUGUAGCCUGAUUGAGAUCAACUAUUUUGUUCAGGUCACUUUGAAGUACCCGGAAAUUUUAUUAACACUCCCCAUCCAUAUUGGAAAUGUUGCACUUGGCGCAAGUCUUCGUCCCUCCCCCAAACCCUCCAAGGUGGCUCCAGUCCCAGCACCACGCGCCAACCCUGCAUCCCCUGCCAUCCCUGCCACCUCUCCUACUUCACCUCCACAUGCUGACAGCCCCAACCUACCUCCUCGCCCUGCACCACGGCCCCGGCCCCGCAGCAUGUGUCUCACUCCCAGUGCACCUCUAGCGGAACCAGACAUGAUGGGAGCAGUAAAUGGGCAGAGCGAACCGAUUCCAACCAAGAUCCACUCUCAGCAGCAAGGACCCGUUUCCCCCAACGCGUUCAGCUAUGCCCCGGGCCUGGCUUUCCAACAGAGUGGCAACAACCCCUCAGCACCAGGCUUUUGCUUCUCCACAGGGGCCACCAUCCCAUUCUAUACAGAAGGAAACGCUCCACCUGUGCCCACCUCCUGCCCUUUUGUCCUGCCACCAGAUUACAGUAGUGCAGCACCCACACAUGAGCCACCACCGUCGUAUGAAGCCAGCUGUUCAUAAAGGACUCAUACAGUCUGUACUGAUGCUGAGCUGAUUACUCAUUUUUAGACUGGCUUGUUCAUUAUCAUGGACUAGAAGUGUUCACACUGGAGCUGUUUUUAAUAAAGCAAAAGAACUAUCUUUCCUUUAGUCAUGGAGUUGCAUUGGUUCAUCUUCAGUUGGUUCAAGCUUGGAGUGUGUCCAGUUUAUGUUUAGUUUUACUUGUCAGUGAUUGUAUUGUAUUGUUAAUAGAACACAGGAAAGGUUUACUUUUAAAUCAGUUUUAAUAAUAAUUCCUAUUAUUAGCUAAUACAUUCUAAACACAUGAUUAUUUUUUGUACACAUUGAGCCUUGUUAAAGCACUAUUGCCCCCCACACACACGGGCUUAUAUUUGGGCUUAAAAAAUAAAUAUUUUAUUCAUUUAAUAUUUUACUUCUCUGUCUUCUACUGAAGAUGUACUUGUAAAUAAUACUAAUAAUAAAAUAAACGCUAUUGUUUUCUUUUCAACUUUUAUUAUUUGAACAUAUAAACACUAAACCAUUUUUGUUUUGUAUUACCGGAUGCAGAAAAUAUGUUGAAUAUUACUCUGUAAUAAA